UUCCGGUUGGACACGGUCCACACAAUAUUUUUUGGUACAUCACCCCAGGAACCCCCCAUUUCCUUAUGUUAGAAGAGUUAAAAAACACUCUGUAUACGGGAGAAUACGGUCGCGAAGUGCCGAUCAUCGCGAGUUUCUAUUACAGAUGGUAUCGGUAGCGUUCCGCGGAGAAAGUUGAUUGGCUCGAGGCGGUAAUUGCGAGAGUGGUGGGGGAAGGGGUGCGAAGUAGCGUAGCUACGCACGUAGGCGAGCAGCGUCAGUCGGUAACCGUUGCUCGUAGCGUGUUGAUCUGUCGGUCGAAACGAGUCGAAGGGGGGCAAGUGCGCGCGCGUUGCCUGAUUCGCGAGCUUUGUAAGCUCUAACACGCCGCGUUCUUUCUAUGCCGUGUUGUGUACACGUCUUCUCGCUCGUCGAGGGAACACGCGUCUCGAAGUGCGAUUGAUAAAUAUAAUGCGGUGAAGGUAAAACGUGUCCUGGGCGCGGCGACUCCGGCUGAAGGAAGGAAGGAAGAAAAGCUACCAAGGUGGCCGGCAUGUGCACGCAGUCCUGUCGCGGCACCGCUGCUGCUGUCAUUCUGACAAUGUUCCUUUGCCGGAUUUGCUCCGCCGAGGAGCAGCCGGGAUCCUUGAACGGACCGGUCGUCCUGGAAACCUGCAACGUCACUGCCGAUGGACGAGAGGUCACCUGUCGCGGUGCUGGCUUCCUGUCCAUCCUGGAACCUCUCGAUGUCACCGUACUCCCAUCCAGUGUCAACCUUACAAGACUAGAUCUAACAAACAACAACAUAACAGACAUUCCAGUCCGUGCCUUCCAUCGAGUUCCCAAUCUUGAGGUGUUGUUACUUCGACGAAAUCGUUUACACACGAUCGCCGACGGUGCAUUCACAAACUUAACGAGCCUUCGAGUAUUGGAGCUCGAUGACAAUUAUUUAACAAAAAUUCCGACCGCGAUCGUUAAGCUCUCUGGCCUUGAAGACCUGUCGCUGUCGAACAACCGAAUAGAAACGUUGGAGGAGCACGUUUUUCAACGUAUCGCUAAUCUACGUUCCCUCGAUCUACGUGGUAAUCCGAUCAAACAGAUACACGGGAGUACUUUUCAGAAUCUACGGAAACUUCGUAAACUAAUUCUGUCUAAUCUGAAAGAAUUACGAAUAUUUCCAAAUUUAAAUGGGACACGAUCGUUGGAAGUAUUAAGAUUAGACCGCGCGCAAGUGAGCGAAGUUCCGAGAGACUUGUGCGAAGAAUGCCCAAAAUUGAAAAGUCUAGAUAUAAAAUCAAAUUACCUGACGGAGUUGCCGAAUUUACGGAAUUGUAGCGAAUUGAGGGUUCUGGACUUUGCCAGUAACAUGAUUUCAUCGUUGUUAGACGAGCCUUUCAGAGGUCUGAACAUGCUGCACGACCUGCUUCUCUCGAAUAACAAGUUACAAGUGAUCCCAAGCGACGCGUUCACCGGCUUGUCGAGGUUGCAGGUAUUGGACCUGGAAAACAAUUACAUCGAAUACAUUCAUCCUGACGCGUUUAAGGAAACUAAAAAUUUAGAAGACUUAAAUCUUGGGAACAACAUAUUUCCAGCACUGCCAACGCUAGGAUUAUCGGGUCUGUUGCAUCUUAAAACAUUCAAUAAUCCUGCAUUAAGGGAAUUUCCAUCACCGGAGAGAUUUCCACGUGUACAAACAAUGGUACUGUCGUACGCUUAUCACUGUUGCUCGUUUCUGUCCAUCGAAGUUGAGGAACCGGUAACAAAAUCGUCUGUACAAGAGUCUAUCUUGUUCCCUACUGACAAAGAGUUUGAUAUGAGCCUAUGGAACUCGACCUUUACCGAUAUCUGGCCACAGCUCAAUAACAUGACCGACAAAUUUGGCUCGCAAAUAAAUGAACUUUGGGCUAACUUUGGUUCAGAUUUUACGUACCCUGGUAACCUGCCCUCGUAUGUUGAAGAUUAUUUUGAAGAGCAGAACAACCGAGCUACGCUGCCAGCUCAAACACUGCCCUCGAACGUACAGUGCCUACCUCAACCUGGUCCCUUCUUGCCGUGCCAAGAUCUCUUCGACUGGUGGACGCUACGCUGUGGUGUAUGGGUAGUUUUUCUGUUAGCCAUGCUGGGCAAUGGAACGGUGGUAUUUGUAUUAAUAUUCUCCAGAAGCAAAAUGGACGUUCCUAGAUUCCUAGUUUGUAAUUUGGCUGCGGCAGAUUUUUUCAUGGGCAUUUAUUUAGGUCUACUAGCAGUGGUGGAUGCAUCGACGUUAGGAGAAUUCAGAAAAUACGCCAUCCCCUGGCAAACCUCGGCCGGGUGUCAGUUAGCCGGAUUCCUAGGUGUGCUAAGCUCUGAGUUGAGCGUGUACACGUUAGCGGUGAUCACGUUAGAGAGAAACUACGCCAUAACUCAUGCGAUGCAUUUGAACAAAAGACUGUCCCUAAAGCACGCUGGCUACAUAAUGACAGCGGGCUGGUGUUUCGCCGUGUCGAUGGCCAGUUUGCCACUAGUCGGUAUUUCGGAUUAUAGAAAAUUCGCUAUAUGUUUGCCGUUCGAGACAACCGGUAACGCUGCGCUCGCAUACGUGAUCUUUUUAAUGUUGAUCAACGGCGUCGCGUUCUUAAUACUGAUGGGAUGUUACUUGAAGAUGUACUGCGCGAUCAGAGGUUCCCAAGCGUGGAACUCGAACGAUUCUAGGAUAGCCAAGCGAAUGGCGCUUUUGGUGUUCACAGACUUCCUCUGUUGGUCCCCGAUAGCGUUCUUCUCUCUGACUGCCACCUUUGGAUUGCAGUUGGUUUCUUUAGAACAGGCCAAGGUAUUCGCGGUGUUCGUGUUACCGUUAAACUCCUGCUGCAAUCCGUUUCUCUACGCCAUACUGACGAAGCAGUUCAAAAAGGACUGCGUGUUGAUAUGCAAGGCGAUCGAGGAGUCCCGAGUGACCCGUGGGAUAGGCAGGUGUCGGCACAGCUCGAACUUUAGCAAUAGACAGACACCUGUUAACACGAACAGUCUAGUAGAUCGGUCCUCUCGCGAUAAUCAAAUGCCUUGCGCUUGUAACUCGAGGCUACUCGAGACCAGUCAGUGUUCCGGUUACCGAAGAUGGGGUACCAGGAUACUGUGGCCUUGCGCCAAGGACACGAGGCCUCGCCACGCUCGUAGCGACCAGUACGCUUAUCAGAUCGCAGAGAUCCAACAGAAGCAACACAAACGAGCCUCGUCGGUAUCCUCCAGCGAGAACUUUUCCUCAUCGAGAUCGGACUCCUGGAGGCAGACGCAUCAUUGCGGUAUUCCGUUGAGGUUGCUCGAUCCAAAGAGGAGAGCCUCCUCCUGGUUGAUCACUAGGAAACCAUCGCAAGACUCGAAUCUCAGCUCGUCGAGGAACGAUUCGUCCGGGUCUGCUACCACAGCCAGCACCAGCACCUGGAGGAUCUCAAGAUCCAGCGCGUCUCUAGAGGUGACCGCGAGGAAUACCCCGAGACCGGCAAGGUCGAAGCCGAGACUGACCCGACAGCUGGCCAUCCAGGAACCUGAACCGCCAGGAUCUCCUAGCAGACUGGCUGUCAGGUUACUAGCGACCAUACCGUCCGCGGCUGAGACCAGUGAUCAACAAGAUGACGACAAUGCGCCGCAGAACUAGGACGAGCUCGAGUAUAAGGUAUCUCUGUUCUCCUAUGAGAUUAUAGUCAGUUCUAAUGGACUAAAUAUGGGUCUAGUUUGCUCCUGAACGGUUUCAGUAUUACAAGCGUCCUCUGAGAGGUGGAGCUGAGCGUGUGUGUUCUACAGAGCGAUUAUUCAUUGAAUGUUUGAGUUUUUAUUAUAGCCCAAACGAGGAUUAACGCGUUGAAAGCCGUGGAGAUCACUGGUGAAUUUAUUUUAAUCCAAUUAUUAAGAAUUGCUCUGUAUUGUUAAGCGACCUUUUACUGCUAAGAUAGGAGUCGAGGACAUCGUAGAAGAAAGAAGAGAAGAAUCAAAGGACGAUUUAGCAAAAUUUCUUCUUUCAACGUUUUAUCAAGUUUCUUUCAAACCUGUUAAACGUUGAAAGAAGAAGAUUGAAACAACUUGUAUUCUCUUUGUACAAUUAUUACUUAUGCAACUGUGUUGGUAGACGUGAUCUACUUUUUAUCAACCGUCCGUGUUUACGCGUGCACACUAUUGUUGCAUACAAUAGUCAUAUUCGUUAGAUACUGCCAACGUUUACAGACACACAGCCUUUGACGUGUUCACUGUCCGAUUCAACUCUUUGAGGUAAUUAAUGAACGCGUUAAUUAUAUAGCGUUAAUUGAGUCUGAGGUUUAUUUAAUAGAAAUUUCAUCGCAGGAACUCGUCAAUUUCUUUCGAGAGAAUUUUACCUUAAGAAAAUGUUGAAUAUUGUAAGUUUAAUUCUGUGACAAGGAACUGGACGUUCUGUGCAUAGUUUUUGAUUAAAAUUAGAAGGAUAAAGUAUUUAUUAAUGAAUUAAAAGGACACACGGUAUAUUUUUUUUCCUUUUUUUUUGUAAGGAUUUCUUGGCUCAAUUCGAGGAAGUGUUUUAUUGUAAGGAUCAGUAUUUAAGAUGAGAAUCCAACUGAUUGUUAAUAGAUGUGUUUGCGUUGUUAUAAGACUGACGGUUUGUACAAUUUCUCCCCAUGAAUAUCUGAUGCCCAUUUCUAGUUAAAGAUUAUUAUGAAAUCGUUAUGGCGUAUAGAUGUUUAUACAGAGUUUUUGAUUAAUGAAAUUAGUGUCAGCUAGUAUUGGUUUAUUAGGCUGGUUUGUUGUUGAAUGUGUUGUUCGUUCUUCGUGCAGUUGUUGAUGCCCCUCCGAACAAGAUUUCCAGAUGUAAUACUUGUUCUUAUAAAAUCAAUUGUUUUCUGAAAUUCUGGAAGCUGGUAUAUCGUUAUUUGGUAUCACUGGCUGAAGAUAAAAAUGAACAAGAUUUACAUCUGGAUGUCUCGUAUGUAUGAACUGUUUGAAUCUGAAUUUUCGUUUGCUGCAUCCAUUUUAAGGAGAACAUGUUUUGCGUGUGUGUCCGAUCCGAGCUAUUUAAUAACGUUUUUCUAAUAAAACAACGUAUUACGAGAGAACGGUGUUAAAAUUUUUCAAACAUUCGAGAAUCAAUCCAGAAUUUCUCCCAGCUAUUGUGGAAUUUCUUUUAUUUUUGAAAAAUGUCUCUGUCGCAUUACAAGGAAGACCUUUCGCGCCACCGAGGUGACCAAUCGUAUAACAGUAUUAAUUAGGAAUAAUUUAAAUAUUUAUCUAAAAUAAAUUCAACUUUGAAUAAACCCUUGCUGUCGUCGCAAAAGUACACCUAUACACUACCAGCUGAAUUGUAUAUAACUCUAGAAUUAUUCUUACUUUCUUUUCAUCUUUUUAUAUUGUAACAUCAAUUUUCGAAUUUUAUAUGCAUAAAAUUUGAGUGUCUUUUAUUGCUUGAUAAUUAUUAAGAGAAUUUUUACAAUCUCAUACCCUUAGCUGGUAGUAUACAUAAAUUAUAAGAUAACAUGUACCUUUUCUCAAACUGUGCAUUCUCUCUCCCAUUCUCACUCUUUUAUUCCUACUUUCACUCUCUGUCUCUAAUAGCAAUUAGCGAAUUGGAUUCAGGUGGUCACUACGAGGUAAUACAACAUUAACAAGAUAUACAUAAUUUUAGAAACUGUCCCUUUAUAAGUAAACGUAAUUCGUAAAUCAUAGAACGUAUUGCUCGAAGAUCCUAAGGAGUAACAACAAAUCUAUUCGUGGUCUCUUUUUCAAUUAAGACACUGUAACAAAACUGACACAUUUUAUUCUCAUACAAUUAUCGUUUGAUGUUCGCUUUAUCUUACAAAACGUAGAUGGAUCAUUUCCUUGUUUCAAAACGGACAAGUCAUUUGAUAUUGCAACGACCGUGAAUAUUGAUAAGGCAUGAAUCUCGUACUUGGACGGUAUGAUUCUUAAUUUCCAUUUUUCUUUUUCUUUUUUUAUUGAAUUCCUAUUUCAAUUAGAUUUAACCAGGGUUGAACGGGGAUUUAUGGUUUACGCGAAGGGAGAAAUAUCGCGAGGAGGUUGAUAAAAUUCACCCUCAGCUUUAUUUCGUGAUAAGGGGACCUCCAUAAAAACGUCACAAGGUUUAUCGAUUCACAGUUAUCAAUUUAAAAGAAUGAAAGGCGUUUUUGGCAAAUUUGGCAUCCCCAAUAAAAACUGGGGAAUUAACGAUAACUACGAGUCUGAGUCAUAAUUGACACGACUUCACCUCCUAAAUUUUAAAAAUCUUCAGAAUGCAAAUAACAAUUGGUAAUCGGUCAGUUUCGAUGAGUUAAUCAUUUUUGUGAAGCAUAUUUCGGUAAUUAGAGGAUCGUGUUAAUCCGGAAGACCUCGGUAGCUGUGAUUUUAUAAAAUUUCCUUCGAAUUCUUAAAUGUAACAAUGUGCUUUCAAUUAUCUACUAAUUGAGCCUAAAGUAUCAACUAUCGUUUCGCUUAUUUCCAUAGUACGUUUAUCGAACUUGGUCCAUUAAACUUCAGAUUCUUCCAUUAUUGCUCUUUUAUGAUACACCUAUUCUCAUAGUCAAUAUAAUACAUACUUUCUCGGGGAAAAGUCACCUAACACAGCUACAUAAUUCCCCAAUUUUUAGUUCUCAAUUCCAUCUAGAAAAAUGAUUUAGUAUCUUCAAGGAUAUUGAAAAUUUGGCAAAAACUGAUAUCUAUUAAUUUUAAUAGGAUGAUUUAAGGAGAUGAUUCAACUAUUAUAGGAGUAAACAUGAUAAAUGCAAUAGAUGAUUUAACUCUUGAUAAAAUCAAUAAAAAGGAUAGAAAUGAAGAGAUGGAAAAUAGAUCACCAAUUAUGAUGGGACAGAGAAUGCACAAGAGCAAAAAUGAUGAGGAUGUUCAUGGUGAUGGGGUGGAGAUAUGGGGUUAAUAAAGGGUGUUAGUAAUUAAAAAGCUUUCUAAACAGCCUCUCCGGAGUGACGCGAUCUGAAACGAACCUUUUCAUAAAAAAAUGAAUCUCGAGGUUCGUUCAAUCAAAGCCCUGAGAUACUAAAGUGUGUCAGUUUAUCAAUCAGGAGAGGAUCGAACGCUAACGAUAAAAGUAUCAAGUGGAAGAAAAAGAAGCCGGUGAAAGGAAUGCGGAAAGAAAUAAUCGCAAUGGUCAACGUAACGUCUGAACUCUACUCGUGGAACCAAGUGAGAAAUACACAGCAAAGUAAACGCAAGUUAAAAUAGCCAUUGGCGUAACUAAUUGUAAGAUAUUAUUCUAGCUUGAACCAGGUUCCCUAGUUCAACUAAAAGUGUCAAGCUCGCUUCAUCGUUUCAUCCACGAAAAAAAUAAACGUCGAAAUUGUCUGUACAACGAUCUUUACACAUCCGUGUAACAAGGUCGAUUAAAAUUCCGUUAAAACUUAUCACACUAUCCCUUACACGUGGAUAUACAUUUCAGAGAGUUCCAGCCUCACCGCAUUUAAGCUGCUAUGCAUACAUAUACAUAUUCUAAAAAAAAAAAAAAAAAAGGGCAAAAGGAAGAAAAAAUAUUAUGAUAAGAAAGGGAAAAACCACUUCGUUCAAUAAAGAAGCGGUAAUAAGUUAAUUUCUAUAGUCUAUUGAGAAUCAAUGAUCACUUAAGGUCACUCCUCCCCCGCUUAUUAUUAUUUUAAUUAUUUUAAGAAAAAUAAAGAAUCAGGCUACUCCUUAUUGCACACAAUGAUUGAUAUUUUACACGCAAAGGAAAAUAGUAAUAUUACUGAGUAACCCAGGAAGACUAACUAUGGUGGCCUUAAAAGAAUCAUUGAUUCGAGACAGACUAUAAAUCUAAAAUGUGAAGUACAGCAACAGGCUUUAGAAUACUAUGUGAUCGAAACGUUAAAAAAGAAAAGAAAAAUAGGUGAACGAUGCUACGGGGUCAAAAAUGAAAAACGCGACUAAUAAAAAAAAAAUGCCUUGAUUCGUGCGCGAACAAUUUCGUGGAAGAUCGUGAACAAUUUUGAUACUUUCUCGAGUACCGGGUAAGCACGUAACAUUUUUUUUUUUUUUACUUUUUAAUUCUUCUCGUUUGCCACUAAUACAAUCCCUCGAGGUCCUCUCACGAAUAUCUGUUCGUGAGAUUCGUGGUUUCUCUUUUUCCAUUAAAUCUAAUAAUACUUAUAGAUUUAUCUUAAUAUAAAUUCGUCUAAAAAAGAGGAUGACAAACCCUGAACAAGGCUAACAGUAGCCUCGAUAGUUAUUGCUUUUUCAAUGGUAUGCUAUGUACAGUUCAGCAGUUGGACCUCAAAGGAUUAUUCUAUGGGUAACAGGAUUUUAUUCAACAUUUGUAUAAAAACAUUUUCACUUCGUUGAGAUACGAGAGCACAAAAUAGAUGAAGCAAUACCGAACGAUAGAGUUGUUUGAUAAAUAAGAUUAGAAAAAGAGAGCAACGUGUUUAAUAAGAAAAGUGGUCGAUGUGGCAAAACGGAAGAAGAUCAUUUGUGCUCAGCUUGUACAACGAUGGAAGGCUAAAAGCGUCCGAUAAAGAACCCAUAAAACUUAGAUAAAUAGAGAGAAAGAAAAUAUAUGCUAACGGCUACGAUUAAUCGAGGAAAGAACAGUGAAACGAAAAGGUUCGGCGCGUUAGAAUUUCGUUAUGCUUAAACGCAGGGAUGGGCGAGUAUCUUCGAACGAAUAUCGACGCUGGAAUAAUAAAUCUAGAUCUUUUUAAAAAACGUCGCACAAUUAGUUAGACCGAGUCUCCUCUUAAUCAUGAUUUACCGAUGAAACCUUUAUAGACACUUGUGAACUGUUUACUGGCCUUCAAAAUCAUUCUAAGAACGAGACAAUGAUGAGAAAUAGGAAUGAACCGAAUAAAUUGCUACUACCAGACUGUUGCAUGUCAGAUGGAACAUAGACAACGAUCUAAUAUAUGUAUAGUCUGUACAAAAUCAAUUGGUCGUUCAAGAUCAUUUCCUCUACCACGAACAAGUUCUUUGCUUACGUUCACUUAAGUAUCAUCUACCUUUUCUUUAAGACCUUGAACAAUAAACGAUCAAUUGAUUUUAAGCCGAUUCUGUAUUGAAAAUAGAAAAGAAGAAAUAUAAAGAACCGUUUCUUUAGAGAGACACAGGAUAUAAUUAAAGUUACAGCUCGUGAGAAAAUUGUUAAUCGACGACAGGAGCGUAACAGAAAUUUGAGAUUCUUUCGCUUCAGAGAGACAUUGCAAUAAGAUUUAAUCGAAUCAAUUUUUCAAGGCUCGAAUAAAGAGGGCAGAGAGAGCUUCGAUGUUAUAGAAAUUUGAAACGGUUAACAGGAAGAAGAUCGCGAGUUCGUCGCCCACCCCUGAGCCAAAAUAUUAUCGUUACUGAAGAAUUUUCAGUAUUGCGAGUUUUAUAAUCUAGUUACCUAAAGGUUGGACGUCGCUUGGUGGGUGUCUCUGUUGCAAACAGAACGGAAGAUUUGGCAAAACGGAAGACACACCGGGGCACCAAAAACAUCCUACGCGACAGUAGCAUAGCGGAACGUUCAUUUUAAAGACCUAUUGCAUUAGCGUCAGCCACGAGGUCUGUUCGCUUAAUUAACAAGAUCCUUAAGGCUUUCACAGAUAGUACUAUUAACAAAUUUUGAGUUUAACUUGUGUCCAAUAUGUCUACCGAAAUACAUCUGAUAUUCUUCAGGAUAUUACUCUACUGGACACAUUUUAAAUCCAACUGCGCCCUGAGAUUCUACUACUAUACACUGUACAAUUGGUUCUACAUUGGCGUGACACAGUUGCAUAUUUCAUUAUUUAAAAAAAUGCAACUGUGACAUUUAUAUUACAAGAGGUAAAACUGUACACCAAACCAAGAGUCUAUCAGAAUCAACUAAAAUGAACAACAUACAAAUAAUUUAGCUCCUUUUGAAUGGGUUUGGCACGGACAGAUUAACGUUUAUAAUGCAGAUGGUUAAUAAAACAAAUGAUUAAACAGUCAAUUCUGAUAACAACUGGCUUUAACAAGAAUGAAAACGCCAAUGAUGAACCUAACUCCGUAGACCUCGAGGCCAACCUAUUACAUUGAACGUUCCAUCUUGCUAAACAUGUCUCUCUAUCAUGUACGGUAUACUCGAGUGCAACGUAGGCUUCUCUAGUUCACCUACACUUCCUUCGAACAAAGGGAA